GCCUGGUGCAAUAGUUUAAAUUCUUUGUAGACUCAUUUACGUUUUACUUACGACCAAUAGUAAUAUUCCGGUGUAGAUUUUCCUGCCAGAAAAAUUCUUUCCCUAUAAAGGGUUAGAAAAACAGUUUCCUUUGCCACACACAAGAAUCAUUUCCUGAAACUGAAUGUAUUAAAAUGCUUCCCAGAAUUACUGUUGUUAAUUGGACUAUAUAUUUGAAUAACUUCUACUCAGAUGAUUUUCAUUUUCAGUACCAGCAGAGCACUUCCCCGUAAGUUCAGAGUUCCUCCAUGUUUUUGUUUCGUUCGUCGCCAACAGGUAGCCACAUGUUGUGUUUUUCUCAAGUUCGUGUUGAACUAUUUACUUUUCUCGCUGUCUGUACAAAUAUCAGACUGAAGAUUUGUAGAAUUCCAAUAGAUCAACGUUAUCAGAUGUUGCAAACUGAUCUUAUGUUUUUCUUUUUCUUUUUGAAUGGUCAGUUUUCAAUUCCAUGUCUUGCAAUCCGUAAGAGGAUUUAGACUUACCAGAACUGCAAGAACUGCAACAGCGAGCGUAAAUGCCAAAGGUUUUUGGCGCUUGGCGGCGGUGAGGCGUGCCCCCUUCUGGUUCGUCGUUUCCGGCGUCGAGAAGGACGGGAUGUCAAUGAUGGGAGAUGAGAUUGACUACAUGGAGGAGCCACUGCAGCGGAAGAUGCAGGAGCAGCCACACGAUGCUGACACGGCGGUGGCGUUGUUGAGCCUCUUCCUGGAAUCAAACCUGAAUGAGAUGAAGCUAGGAGAGGGCGACCCAGGUGGAGAUGUACUGUGCCGCCAAAUCAUACAUUUUUGAGGUUUCUAUGGGGAUCCUUCAGGUGUUCCUCAACUUUCGUCUUUAGAUGAUGAAUGUGAUUCUUCUGCUGGUUGGCUUGAGCACAAGGGCCAUUCGAGAUCACAGGGAGGAAGCCCUGUUGGCCUCGCUAACGGCCGGCCCAUGUAUUCGUGCUCUAUGCAACAUUGGGCUAUUCUACAUGUGGAUUUGGUGUGUUUUGUUGAACUUGAUGUCUAAAUUUGAGUGUUUCUAUGUGGCCUGUACGAGGUUGGUUUUCUGAUUUCAGAACUGGAGAAUGUUGGUAUACAUGCAAGUAUGGCUUCUUCCAUUCCGGCAGUUGGAUCUGGGUAGCCACGUGGUCAGCUGGCCAUCAUCAACAAAAGGCGAGACAAGAUUGUUGUUGUUUUGUGCUGCUUGAGCUCUCCGACGUGUCUGCCAAAUUGUUGACCUCAGCGGUGGUAUUGCAUCUUUGGCCAUUGCGAUUAAAUACCUACACGCUCUAUAUGUCAC